AGAAGAGUCGGAUUCCCUCACCUCCCCUUCGGCUUCGGGAAGCCUCCCCGGACCCCCAAAAUUCCCGAAGAAGGUGCGGGGGGCCGGGUCCCCAGGCGCCGCCGCGGCGCCCCGCCUCCGCCUCGCGGGGCACGCCGGGAGAGGAAGUUCUCGGCCGCGUCGCCACAACAGGUAGUCCUCAGGCUCAGACUCCAAAUCCCAGGAUGCACCGCACUUCGCCGCGCGGGGCGGGCCGUGGUUGCCCUUGGCAACAGCGCGGGUCUCCGGGAGCCGGGAGCCGGACGCGCUCGGGAGUUGGGGGAGGGCCGGGCGCUACUGGCGAGGGGUGGGGACGCGGGCGGAGAGACAGAGCGGAGGCCGGAGCCCGGCGAGGCCGACGUUCGGAGGCACGGGGAUGCACAGGGUUUUCCAGGGCCAGAGGGGGGCGUGGAGGGACGGGGAGACCCCCAGGCGCGGAGAGAGAGGUUCCUAGCCAGAAGGCAGGUGCCUGAGCUGGAGCUCCCGCCGCCGCUGCCGCCGCCCUUGCCUCCGGCUCCUCGGCGCCCCUGCCCUCGGCUCUCCGCCCUGCCCGCCCGCUCCCCCUGGCGGAGCCGGCGCGCCCCGGGGUGCCGCUCCCCGCCCUGCGCUCCGCGCCUGGAGGUGCCUCGCCCCUCUCCUUCCCUCCUCGCAAUCUCCCCGUGGCUCAGUGCUCUCCCGAGUCUCCGGCUCCUCGCCCUUCCACCUGUUUCCCCAGAAAGGCAGGAUCCUGGUCCCUGCUACGUUCCUGGGGCCAUGGCAGGCCUGGGCCCCGGCGGAGGCGAUUCAGAGGGGGGACCCCGGCCCCUGUUUUGCAGAAAGGGGGCUCUGAGGCAGAAGGUGGUCCACGAAGUCAAGAGCCACAAGUUCACCGCCCGCUUCUUCAAGCAGCCAACCUUCUGCAGCCACUGCACCGACUUCAUCUGGGGGAUUGGAAAACAGGGCCUGCAAUGUCAAGUCUGCAGCUUUGUGGUUCAUCGACGAUGCCACGAAUUUGUGACCUUCGAGUGUCCAGGCGCUGGGAAGGGCCCCCAGACGGAUGACCCCCGAAACAAGCACAAGUUCCGUCUGCACAGCUAUAGCAGCCCCACCUUUUGCGACCACUGCGGCUCCCUUCUCUACGGGCUGGUGCACCAGGGCAUGAAAUGCUCCUGCUGCGAGAUGAACGUGCACCGACGCUGUGUGCGCAGCGUGCCCUCUCUGUGCGGGGUGGACCACACGGAGCGCCGUGGGCGCCUGCAGCUGGAAAUCCGAGCUCCGACUGCAGAUGAGAUACACGUCACAGUUGGCGAGGCCCGUAACCUCAUCCCAAUGGAUCCCAAUGGUCUGUCGGAUCCCUAUGUGAAGCUGAAGCUUAUCCCAGACCCUCGGAACUUGACAAAACAGAAGACCCGGACGGUGAAAGCCACACUAAACCCUGUGUGGAACGAGACCUUUGUGUUCAACCUGAAGCCGGGGGACGUGGAGCGCCGGCUCAGCGUGGAGGUGUGGGACUGGGACCGGACUUCCCGCAACGAUUUCAUGGGUGCCAUGUCCUUCGGUGUCUCGGAGCUGCUCAAGGCGCCGGUGGACGGCUGGUACAAGUUACUGAACCAAGAGGAGGGCGAAUAUUACAAUGUGCCGGUGGCUGAUGCUGACAACUGCAGCCUCCUCCAGAAGUUUGAGGCCUGUAACUACCCCCUGGAACUGUAUGAGCGGGUGCGGAUGGGUCCCUCUUCCUCUCCCAUCCCUUCCCCAUCCCCCAGUCCCACCGACUCCAAGCGCUGUUUCUUUGGGACAAGCCCUGGACGUCUGCACAUCUCUGACUUCAGCUUCCUCAUGGUUCUAGGAAAAGGCAGUUUUGGGAAGGUGAUGCUGGCUGAGCGCAGGGGCUCUGAUGAGCUCUACGCCAUCAAGAUCCUGAAGAAAGACGUGAUUGUUCAGGAUGAUGACGUGGACUGCACCCUGGUGGAGAAGCGAGUGCUGGCCCUGGGGGGCCGAGGCCCGGGGGGGCGGCCCCACUUUCUCACCCAGCUGCACUCCACCUUCCAGACCCCGGAUCGCCUGUAUUUUGUGAUGGAGUAUGUCACCGGGGGCGACUUGAUGUACCACAUUCAGCAGUUGGGCAAGUUUAAGGAGCCCCAUGCAGCGUUCUAUGCAGCGGAAAUCGCCAUCGGCCUCUUCUUCCUUCACAAUCAGGGCAUCAUCUACCGGGACCUGAAACUAGACAACGUGAUGCUGGAUGCCGAAGGACACAUCAAAAUCACUGACUUCGGCAUGUGUAAGGAGAACGUCUUCCCCGGGACCACGACCCGCACCUUCUGCGGGACCCCAGACUACAUAGCCCCCGAGAUCAUUGCCUACCAGCCCUAUGGGAAGUCUGUGGAUUGGUGGUCCUUUGGGGUUCUGCUGUAUGAGAUGCUGGCAGGACAGCCCCCUUUUGAUGGGGAGGAUGAGGAAGAGCUGUUUCAGGCCAUCAUGGAACAAACUGUCACUUACCCCAAGUCGCUUUCCCGGGAAGCUGUGGCGAUCUGCAAGGGGUUCCUAACUAAGCAUCCAGCGAAGCGCCUGGGCUCAGGGCCAGACGGGGAGCCCGCCAUCCGUGCUCAUGGCUUUUUCCGCUGGAUGGACUGGGAGCGCUUGGAGCGACUGGAGAUCGCCCCUCCGUUCAGACCCCGUCCGUGUGGACGCAGCGGCGAGAACUUCGACAAAUUCUUCACGCGGGCGGCGCCAGCACUGACCCCGCCAGACCGCCUAGUUUUGGCCAGCAUCGACCAGGCCGACUUCCAAGGCUUCACCUACGUGAACCCGGAUUUUGUGCACCCGGACGCCCGCAGCCCCAUCAGCCCCCCGCCUGUGCCAGUCAUGUAAUCUGUCCUGCCGCCACUAGGUGUCCCCAUCGCUCCCUCCCCGCUCCAGCCUUAGCCCCUCUUCACCCCCUCUCCCAUUCUGUUCUUGCUCCCCAGCAUUCUAGCCUCUGCCCUGUGGGUGCUAGAUGCCCCUCCGCAGCGUUCCUGGCAUUCUACACUCCAUACAGUCUCUAGAGCCUUACCGCGUUCUAGAUGCUGCUGUGCUGAGCCCUGGGUUCUCCCCCACCUCAGUGUUCUGGCCUCUGCUCUACCGGGUUCCAGAACCACUACCACUCUCCCAAUUCCAUGGGGUUCUAGACUCCAUUUUGGUAGACUCUGUGCCUCUCCUUUUUUUUUUUUUUUUUUCCUUUCUGGGAAAUAGUCUCAUGGGGUGCGCUGUUCCAGACUUGGAUUCCAGAACAAACCCCCACCUCCGACCCCCCAUCUCCACUCCAUUCUGGAGUAAGUGGGAGGCUGUGCCCCCAUGCUCCAGCGUUCCUCUUCUACACUCUAGGGAUUCCUGGGAUGUAUGAAGGAUUCUUAUUACCCCAGCUGUUCUCAAUCAGCUUUUGUUCUAGACGCCCCCACCCUAAACCCAUCACUGCUCGCCUGCCAGGUGCAUGGCUCCAGUCCUGCUCGGAACCCCUCCUCCCUCCUGUCCCCCCCCCCCCCCCGCCGUACCCCGUGCCUGCCACUCUCCGGGACUCUCUCCUCCUCCCCACGCCCACUCUUCUCUUUGGCUCUCCCACCCGGCCACAGCUACUGGAGAAUAAAUUUGGGAUGCUGAUGCUGAAGUGUUUGGAUGUUUUCUUCUAAGCUUGCAGAAUGAAGGGGGUGUGGAGGUGGGACAGUGACUGUACACGGAAACGCACACCCAGAGGCUGGGGGCAGGGCGACAGAGAGGGGGGGAAGCACAGAGACCCACAAAGUGGGGAGAAGGUACCCACAGCGCCAGAGGGAAAGAGCAGAGCCGGGCGUGGGGGGAGGCACGAGCGCCGCGGAGAGGAGCGAAG